CAAACAACCACAGAACCACAAGUGCGGUGCAAACUUUCUCCAGAAGGACACAGCAAGAAGCCUCUGGUUUUUAAAUGGUUAAUCUCAACAGGUCACCAGCAGCCACCGAGACCAGCAGAGUCAUAUAAGGCUCCAAGCAGUCUUUGCACCAGAAGAUCCAUCCACACACUGUGUGACCGAGGGGAGAGCUAUGGCAUCGAACAGUCUAUUCAGCUCAGUGACACCUUGUCAGCAAAACUUCUUCUGGGAUCCCAGCACCAGCCGGAGGUUCAGCCCCCCGUCCAGCAGCCUGCAGCCCGGCAAGAUGAGCGAAGUGAGCCCGGUGGUGGCAGCAGCCCAGCAGCAACAGCAGCAGCAGCAGCAGCACCAGGAAGCGGCGGCAGUAGCGGCGGCGGUGCCCAGGCUGCGCCCCCACGAUAACCGCACCAUGGUGGAGAUCAUCGCCGAUCACCCGGCCGAGCUGGUCCGCACCGACAGCCCCAACUUCUUGUGCUCCGUGCUGCCCUCACACUGGCGCUGCAACAAGACGCUCCCGGUGGCAUUCAAGGUGGUGGCUUUAGGAGAAGUCCCUGAUGGGACAGUGGUCACAGUCAUGGCUGGGAAUGAUGAAAAUUAUUCUGCAGAGCUGAGGAAUGCCUCUGCUGUAAUGAAGAAUCAAGUGGCCCGGUUUAAUGACCUGAGAUUCGUGGGCAGAAGUGGAAGAGGGAAGAGCUUUACCUUGACAAUAACAGUCCUUACAAAUCCCCCCCAAGUUGCUACAUACCACAGAGCUAUAAAGGUGACAGUGGAUGGACCAAGAGAGCCAAGGAGGCACAGACAGAAGCUUGAUGACUCUAAACCUAGUUUGUUCUCUGAGCGCCUCAGUGAUUUAGGGCGCAUUCCUCACCCCAGUAUGAGAGUAGGGGUCCCGACUCAGAGCCCACGGCCCUCUCUGAACUCUGCACCAAGCCCUUUUAAUCCACAAGGACAGAGUCAGAUUACAGGUGCUUCAGAGCUGGGUCCAUUUUCAGAUCCCAGGCAGUUUACAAGCAUUUCAUCCCUCACUGAGAGCCGCUUCUCCAACCCACGAAUGCACUAUCCAGCCACCUUUACUUAUACACCGCCAGUCACCUCAGGCAUGUCAUUGGGUAUGUCAGCCACCACUCAUUACCACACCUACUUACCGCCACCUUACCCAGGCUCUUCCCAAAACCAAAGUGGACCAUUCCAGACCAGCAGCACUCCAUAUCUCUACUAUGGCACAUCAUCAGGAUCAUACCAGUUCCCCAUGGUGCCAGGAGGAGACCGCUCCCCCUCCAGAAUGCUUCCUCCCUGUACCACCACUUCCAACGGCAGCACACUAUUAAACCCUAACUUGCCUAACCAGAAUGACGGUGUGGAGGCUGACGGAAGCCACAGCAGCUCCCCAACAGUCUUGAAUUCUAGUGGCAGAAUGGAUGAAUCUGUUUGGAGGCCAUACUGAAAUUUCAUCUGCAUGGCCUAAAGUCUGUGAGCCAAAAAAAGUCAGCUAAUUAUAAAGUGCCUGGUUUUUUUUUUCCUUUUCGUUUUUUUAAUACAUUCUGUUGAUGGGGAUGUAUGUUAACAGCUAAUUCUAUACGUACCACAUGAGAAUAACCUGCCAACAUCAUAGUUUCAGUCAGUGUGGAUCAAAGCACUUUUUUUUUAAUCCCAUCUUGAGAAUGUUUGCCUGGGUUUCAGCGUAAAAAAAAUAAGUAUUCUGACACAACAAAUGAUGCCCAUUUUGUUGAGACUCUUGUUUAAAAAUAAAAUAAAAAUUAGCGAGUUCUUUUGCCAAGAAAGGAGAAAUGGACUCCUGACAGUUAUCAAGACAAAGCCUGUGCUCCGUUUGAUUUUCAGAUUAAACUGAAACACCUUGAACUUCAGGUACAGUUGCAAUCAUAUAAUAUACAGGACCCCUAUGCAUGCACAGUGCAAUUUACUUCUUGUGUUUGUGCACAUAGAAAAAGAGCUUCCUUUUAUACCAAAAUACCUUCAGAUUACAGUGACACUUUAGCCAUCUUAUCAAAGCCUUGCAGCAAAUGAAAGAUAGAACCUUAAAGUGCACGGCUUAUUUUGUGCUGAAAGAGCUUCGUACAAGGUAUCAAGACAACCUUGUUUGUUUUCUGUUAUGCAGUUCUGUCAUUAUUUUUGCCUUAGUCCAGUUAACCAAAAAAGAUCUUGAGCAGGGGAGGGAAUCUCUAAAACAAAAAUGAAACCUGAUUUCUUAUGCAAGAAACAAAAGAUAAUGGCAAUAUAUCUUACUCAAACCAAAACAGUAUAGAUAGUAUUUGUGUUUGGCUAUUUUUUUUUUUAUUUUGUUAAGUUAUAAAUAUGUAAAAAUUGAGAUUAUUUGCAAAAAAAAAAAGAAUUGUCAUAUAAUUUUAAAGAAAUAUUUAUAAUUAUUUAAUUAUAUUUGGUCCCUUUAAAGUUUUCUUAAUGUAAUGAUAUGCUGACUUUGGUCUCUAAAAAUGUUUGUUGUUUUUAAAUAGUGACAGACUUUUAGUUGUGUAAAACCUCAAGCCCACGCCUGAAUUCUGAAUUCCAGUAUAAACCAGCUGCAGUGUGAUUUUUAAAAAUGCUUCAAUUUCAAAGGAAUUUGGAUGUAGCACAUUGUUUUAAUUUAUGAAGGAGAUAUUGUAUAAAAUGUUAUUGGAUGUUUGGUUGCCUUUAACACAGUCUGGCCUUUUUAAUCUGUCAAAAAUGAGCUGGAAAGAGAUGCAGAAUGAAUGAAAAUAUUUUGAAUACAUUUCUGUGUAGUUCCUCAAAAUUUAAUGGGCAGGAUCCAAAACACCACAGGCAGCAUUCUGCUCACACAUGAGCCUUUCAGCUUCUGGAAAAACACUCUGCUCUUGUUAUUUCACCUAACAUAUUUUGAGCAAAUUAGCUCUUCUUCAGAGGCAACAGGUUUAUAGACAAAAAGCUUAUACAUUUUUUCCGCAUUUUCGGUAUUUGCCUCCUGUUUUUCUGGUUUAGUUUGGGUCUACCCUCCUCGUUUCUGUAAUGACUUUUCUUAAAUGCAUUAGGUGAAAUAAUAAGGCCUGGUGUGUGUUUAUAAAAUAAAUAUAUAUUUUCAGCAUCUUUCAGGAUUCACCUUCUGUUUUUCUGGUUUCAUUUGGUGCUUUGCUCCCAACCUCCUUCUGUCUUCAGCUUUGCCCUUCUAGUGAUGGCCCAGUGCACUCCUGAAGCUCUCCUCUUCCUAGGUUGGUGGAGUGGGGGGUGGGGGCAGGUCCUCUGGAAGGAUUUUCUGUCAGGUGUAAGGGGGCUACUACUAGAAGGAAAUAGUGUAGCUCCAAUUUCCCUGUGCACACAUGGACACAUAUUCUACCUAUGUAGAGGAGGGUUUGGAUUCCAGCCAAUGCAUGUUGGUGAAUGCCAAACAUUCUCAAUUUUUGAUCAGCAUUUAGAAACCUAUUAUGCUAAAUAAGGAGAAAGCAUUUAAGGGGAAUAAUCGCAAAAGUUUUGUGUGUUUCUCAAUAAAAAGCAACAAACUCUUCGUGAAAAAUAUAUUGUUUACUAAACUUAUCACUCUUAUCUAGCAUUAAAUGCUAGAGUAACUAUGUCCUUUUUCAAGAGAGAUGGCAGUCGUGUUAAAAAGGAAAAAGCACAAGUGAACCACUGCAGUGCAGAUCUGUGUUCUGCAGGCUCAGUGUUCAGCAAUAUUUAAUUGUUCAAGCUUGAAUACUGAAGACAAAAGUCACUUUAAGGCCACACACCUAGUUUCUUUGUGAUACAUAAACACACCUGGGAUUCUUAAUCCACCCAUCCACCACUCCAAGUUCUAUUGCCAGGAUGACACACAAGAUUAGCAGCUUGUUAGGUGCCUGAGUUCCCAAGAAUUCUUGAAGUUAUUGAGAACUCUUCUUUAGACUUCACUGGGAAGUAGGUUAAAGACUGAAAUCUCACAACCUUCCUCUAUUCAGCAGAUUUACAUAUUUGCUUAAUUUAAGCAGGAAGUGGAGCGGGUUGUAGCUCGACUCUUUUAAAAGGAGGUGCCAGCUUCCCAGAAUGCAUCAUCCUUUCAAUCUUUUCCACAUUCCUCUUUGCACUGCUUUUGGCCUUAACUGCAUGCAGUCAGCAGUAUUUUCUUUGGACUGCAAUGCUGCUGAAACUAAUGAUAGCUACGGGGACUCUUUUGGCCACCCCAACAAUAAGGAACGGUGAAACUGUUAUGCAGUGGAAUGAUUUAAGUGGACAGUGUCAACCUCAUCACUUGUUGAUUGCUAAGGCAGCCCACUAGAGAGACUCCACAUUCCCACAGAACAUUCCUGACAAUUUGGUAUGAUUAAUUUUCUCCUUAUGAGAAAUGUCCUUGCCUUCUAAAGGUUAUAUAUCAAGUACCCUUUUUGUAAGUAAGAGACAGUUGCCUGAUAUGUUGUUUCCUUCAAAGAUGGAAGCUGUUAUUGAUCCUAUUUAUUGUUUGUGGUAGCUUGAAGCAUACCACUGUCGAUUUAUUUGUAUCUGUAAAAUAAGUUGUUCAUUUCAGCAGCACUUAAAAGAGCCAGUGUCUGGUUACACAUUUCAAGUUUUGUGGGAUUGUUGUUUUUGUUGUCUAUUAAGCAAGAGGGGGAAAAAUGAACUGCCAGUGCAAAAGCUGUUGCGUAUUUAAUAAAGGUACUAUAUUUGUACAUUAUUUUUUAUUGCUGAAAAGGGCUUUUUAAAGAUUUUACUUUAUGUGUAUUAAGUAAUUUUUGUAGGGAUGUUUUUGUGUUACAGUGGCUGCAGGCAGCAACCCAAAUACAUUUUUUUAAAGAAAGAAAGUUGUUCUUGUAAAAUGCAAGUACUGCUUUAUAUUCCUGGAUAUAAUCCAGCAUAGAUCAUUUUUCUGUUUUGUUCUGUACCUACAGUAAUUUUUUCUGUAUCAUCACAUUUUAAAACUGGAUCAUUUGGGAUUAAAACUCCAGAUUACUCAGGUGUGCAGUUUUAUAUGCCCCCAAACAUGUCCAAUUCAUGCUUUGUUGUUAAAACUGCAUAGAUAAAAUGGCUCAUUUUGCAAGGUUGAAUAAUAACUAAAGGGUGGCAGGGGAGAACCUUGCAUAUGCACCCCCGUAGAGCACAAGGCCCUUUUCUAUUCCCUCUCAUUGUGUUAUCAUAACAUACUUUUCUCUUUUUAGAAAUUAGCUCUCAGCAGGCAACUUUUUUAUUCAGUCCUGGGUGGCACUUGAUAACACUACACACACACACACACACACACACACACACACACACACACUACAUUCAAAAUGACUUGUGCUCCUAAUGUUAUCACUGUUUUUGUCAAAGUUCUGUAUUAGUUUUGAACUGGCAAUUAUUAUAAAAUGAUCACACAUUUUUAAUACUCACGCCCCUCCAAAAAACACAACUUUUAAAAAGUACAUUUUCUUAGCAUGUGUGAAGAUACUAACAUUAUGGAAUCAUAUGGACUGUGAUUCUCCAAGGAUGGCAAUUACUUGUUCAACAAGAAGAAAUGCUGGCCCAGUUUGUGUAAUCAAAGAUGUGAAACUGCACGUACAAAACUGUUUCCAAAGAUUGUACCAAAGAUGUAUUUACAGGAGAACAGGAGUUAAUGUCGUUGGGUAAAAGAGAAUGAUUAAUUCCAGAUUCCCUGCUUGGGUGAGGCUGAUGGGGAUAAGGAUGAGAUGAAUUGGUAAGCAGCAUUUUUUGGAACACUUUAGUUGACUGUGAGGGCGCUGCAUUUAAUACUGAGUUCCCAGCUAACCGUCCCCCUGAGCAUGGAUACUAGUUGCUUCCUCACUCUAGCGCACCACACACCCCCAAUGCCUUGUCAAGAGGUGAAUCUUUUGCACUGUCAUGUUUACCGGAAUACUGCUCCACCUUAUUGUUGGAGCCUGCCAUUUGAGUCCUGGUGAAGUUAUGUAUCAGGAAUCACUGAAAAGCCAUGAACAAAAGCAAUAAUUUAAACCUGUAAAAGUCAUCAGUAAAGAUCAAAGAAAUCCCAGUUUUUUUAGUCUCUGUGUCUCUGUGAUGCAUUUCAUUUCAGCAUGUUCUACCUGGCCUUGUAGCCGUUUACAGAUAAUUCCUUGCUUCAUUUUUAUUGCAAUACUUUUAAAUAGUUCAGCCAGAAAUCAUAUUUUUACAGUAAUUUUUGUUUCAUAGGUACACUAAGCAACAUUCCACUUUAUUUUAUUUUUUUUGGUUGGUUGGUUGUUGUUGCUUUGUUAAAUAUGCUUUACCAGUCUUGAAUUUCUGCUGGAACAAAAUAUUUGUAGCAUUUCCUGUAAAUACAAGCUUUAAUUUCUUUCUUUUUUUUUUUCCAAUUGCUGUUGCCCAAGAUUUGCUUCUCAUGCACAUAUUGUACAAACACAUUCUUUUUUGCGCCACAGACAGCGAUUGUGGAAGGGUUUACUUUAUCUUCAAAGGGACUAUUUGUAUUGUAUGUUGCAACUGUAAAUUGAAUUUGUUUGGCAUUCUCUCAUGAUUGUAAUAUUAAUUUUGAGGUUUGAAUCUCAUUUUCAAUAAAAUGGCUUUUUGUUAA